GCUGUGGUCAGAGUUGAGGGCCUGUGGCCAUUACCCCUCCCCUUUAACCUCAAUCUCACUUGGUGUCCGCGCAUCUUCCCCACCCCAGCCUUCACCAUGUCCUUUGCCAUGCUGCGCUCAGCACCCCCAAGCCGAUACCUAUAUCCCGAGAUCAGCAUGCUGUCAGAGGACGAUGAGAAUGGGAGUGAGAGUUCAGGCUCGGAUGAGAAACCCUACCACCUUGAUACUGAUGCCUUUGGCCUCAAGGGCUCUAAGCGGCGUGCAGGAAGCAAGAAGGGCAAUAGUAGUGGGGGGCGUCUGAGCCGAGAGCCCCGGCAGAGGCACACAGCCAAUGCCCGAGAGCGGGACCGCACCAACAGUGUCAACACUGCCUUCACUGCCUUGCGCACCCUCAUCCCCACAGAGCCUGCAGACCGCAAACUGUCCAAGAUUGAGACGCUGAGGCUGGCAUCCAGCUACAUCUCCCACCUGGGCAAUGUGCUGCUGGUAGGUGAGGCCUGUGGAGAUGGGCAGCCCUGCCAUUCCACACCAGCCUUCUAUCACCAUGCUGGGGGAGCUAGUCCUCCACCCCCACCUCCACCACCUCGGGAUAGCGAGAACUCCCAGCCCAAACAGAUAUGCACCUUCUGCCUCAGCAACCAGAGAAAGUUGAGUAAAGACCGGGACAGGAAGACUGCGAUCCGGAGUUAGGAGACAAAGGUCAACUCCAGGAAGGGGGUGGGGAAACAGAAGAAGGGGAGAUGACAGCAAAUGGAGACAAAGGAAAGGAGAAAAAAAAAGUCAUACAUGUUAUACAUCUGCCCCUUGAUCUCUGGACCCUCUAGGGACAUGGGCCUCAGUGCUCUGGACUACUUAGCUCAUUGGAUAAACCUCCCCCCUAUCAUGAAGCAGACUCUGGGUUCUUGACAUCCUACUAAGAGUACUGUACAGAAUGGAAGAGAACCCUGUGUGGUGGACACUUGGUAACUGACUAAGGAAGACUGUGCCCUCUACCUCAGAACGAGGCCAUUAGCCAAAUCAGCUGUACCUGGGAGAGGAAAAAGGAAAAGCAAGUGGGGUGAGGAGGAGAGGACUAUUUGCAUACACCCUCCCUACCCACUCCCUUAACCAAGAGUUAAGCAUUCCCUCCCUAAAGACCCCAGCCCUCAUGGCUUUCUGGUCACUGAAGAACUUUAAACUAUUCUGAAUUCUGAUUUCCUGAUCUGAUUUUUUUUCUGAAUCAAUACAUGCUGGUGUUUCAUGUCAUUGAUACAAUAAUAUAAAGUCCAAGUCAUUUGUAUAAUUAAAAAUUAAAAUCAUGGGGCCCAAGUAUGGAGGUAGACAA